GCGGGGCUUGGCGCGCCUCCGCUCCAGCAGAGGCAGCUGUUCACAGCCUGGGUGCUGAUCCACGCCGAGGCCGUCUUGCUUCCUCAGAGUGAGUCCGGGUCUCUGCAGAGAGUCGCGGGCGUUCCCGGAAGCCUCCAGAAAGCACGAGCGGCGGUGCCAGGCCCGGCCGGCUAUGCCUCCGGUUGCUGCGGUUCCCGCCGGCGACCGCGACCCCGCGGCCUCUGGGGCUCAGCCGGGCCCCGGGGAGGCCGUGCUGUGAGGUGCCAGGGCCUAGCGCCCGCCUGCCUUCCUCCCGCUCUGCGGCCCCGCCUAGGCUCGCUGCCUCAGCUACCGGCCGCCAUGGCCUUCGCUGCCCGGGAGAGCGUGGGCUCGGGGCGCGGGCGGCCGCCGCGGCACCGGGUGCUCCGCGGGCUGCUGCUGCUCUGCCUGUGGCUGCCGAGCGGCCGCGCGGCCGGCCUGCCCUCUGAGCCGUUGUCCGAGCUGCACGCGCAGCUCUCGGGAGUGGAGCAGCUGCUGGAGGAGUUCCGCCGGCAGCUGCAGCAGGAGCGGCCGCAGGAGGAGCUGGAGCUGGAGCUGCGCGCGGGCGGCGGCCCCCCCCAGGAGGGCUGCCCGGGCCCGGGCGGCGGCGGCUACAGCGCCAUGCCGGACGCCAUCAUCCGCACCAAGGACUCCCUCGCGGCGGGUGCCAGCUUCCUGACCGCGCCGGCGGCGGUGCGAGACUGGCGGCAGUGCGUGGCGGCCUGCUGCUCUGAGCCGCGCUGCUCGGUGGCGGUGGUGGAGCUGCCCCGGCGACCCGCGUCCUCCGCCGCCGCGCUCGGCUGCUACCUCUUCAACUGCACCGCCCGCGGCCGCAGCGUCUGCAAGUUCGCGCUGCACCGCGGCUACAGCAGCUACAGCCUCAGCCGCGCCCUGGAGAGAGGGCAGGAAGACCUGGAAGCCUCGGCUCGAAAGGAAAAGGAUGAGCCCCCACUUAGCAAGGCCGGGCAGGAUGUGGUGUUGCAUCUACCCACAGAUGGAGUGGUUUUGGACGGCCGCGAGAGCACAGAUGACCAUGCCAUCAUCCAGUAUGAGUGGACACUGCUGCAGGGUGACCCAUCAGUGGACAUGAAGGUACCUCAGUCAGGAACCCUCAAGCUGUCCCACUUACAAGAGGGAACAUAUACCUUUCAGCUCACUGUGAUGGACACUGCCGGGCAGAGAAGCUCCGACAACGUCUCGGUGACAGUGCUCCCCAUGGCCUUCUCCACGGGAGGAUGCUUGAAGGUUUGCUCACGCUACCACUUCUUCUGUGACAAUGGCUGUUGCAUUGACAUCACACUGGCUUGCGAUGGAGUUAAGCAGUGUCCUGAUGGAUCUGAUGAGGCUUUCUGCCAAAAUUUGAGCCUUGACCGGAAGACGGUAACCCACACAGCAACUGCCCAGCCUAGAACCACAGGACCAAGCAAAGCAGGAAGCUCCUUCUUGGAAAAGUCCCAGAAAGUCACUGUCCAAAACCAGCCACCGGCGUUACCAAACACGGAGAAGAGGAAUCAUUCCGUGUUUUGGGGACCGGAGAGUCAAACAGAUCCCGUGAGGCCAGAUCGUGGUUCCUCAGGGAAGAACAGAAAAGAGGAAAAGUACGUUUUUGAGUCCAAGAGCGAUCGAGGAGGAAGGGAACACCCAGCCCCAGAAACAGGUGCAGUGCUACCCCUGGCCCUGGGCUUGGCCAUCACGGCUCUGCUGCUUCUCAUGGUUGCUUGCCGACUGCGCCUGGUGAAACAGAAACUGAAGAAAGCUCGUCCCAUUACGUCUGAGGAAUCGGACUACCUCAUAAAUGGGAUGUAUCUGUAAUAAGUGUCACUUAUAAUUUAUGCAUAGAUCAGUUCUGGAUAUUUAUAACCUCUUCGGUUUGAUCUGGGCUAAGAAAAAUACAGAAGCCCCGGAAAAUUCUGCAAACCCCAAACCUUUGUUUUUAUUUAUUGUAGAAAGUUUCUUUGGGGAGUAUGUGAAAUGUUUUGAAAUUUAGAGAGGAGUCCAUAUGAGUAAAGACCCACAAAUCUAAUUCCAACUUAGGUAAGCUGUCCCUGAAAAUAGCGAUUUGCAGUGAGCCAAGGCAGAAAAUUCAGGAUCUCAAGGGGUGGCCUUUGAAUGGCAACGUUAACCCUCAGCGUCUUCUCCCUUUUAAUCAAUCGGUAGGAUUUUAAAGGCAAAUUAUUCCCAUCAUCACUCCAUGCCGGGAUUACACACAUCCUAGAAAUCAUUCCCCUUAGAGGAAUCUGUCGUGUGGUUCCUAUCUACACUCACGUGAUGUUACUGUUUAUAUAAUACGGCUUUUUAUCAGAAGUGGCAAAUCUUCUAAAAUACUUGAAAACACUGUAGAACGCUUUAUUUUCAGACUGGACCUAAGUUGUCCUUUUAGCAAAGGGCUUCAUUUGGGUCUGAAAUAUAACAAUACUUUAAUAAACAGAAAGUUAAUUCUAGGAAAACAAAAAAAAUGGUUACUUUUAUUUCCCAAGAGGUCCAAGCAUUUUGUUGAAUGUUUAGAAUUGAGCAAAGAUUCAAAGUUCGCCUCAAGGGCAGAUUGGAGAAAUGCCUAUGUGAUUGAACUUAGGAUAUCUGUACUCUGUGUGACGCUUUGCAGUUUGCUUUUCUAGAGAAGGGUGUCACUUAUAGCCAUACCCAAUAAAAUAAAAACUGAUGAGG